UAUAAUAUUUUAGUGUUCUUUAUUGUAUUCUCUUAGGGGCAGGGAGCAUGUCUUUAUGUAUGUUUGUACAUCACUAGUCAAAAGAGUUCUGAAAAGGGUCUAUUGGAAUAUAAAUGUGAAAUAAUAAUCUCUCAAUUGUUUUCACUUUCUACAGGAUGUGGAACAGAUGUAUUUCAGUUACCCUAAUUUCCUUUUCCAUCGUACUGCAUUAAUACAACACCUGAAGUGCAACACUGACAUUGUCAUUCAUACGGAGUUUUCCAACUGUUUCUCACCAGAAUGGCUGAUUUUCCUCAAGGAAAGUUAUCCAUAUUUUGUGAUAAUCUCUGACAUAGGACUGAUCUCUCUACAAGAAGACUAUUUAAAUAUAUUUAUCGCUCAUACCUUGUCAAAGAAAAUCAGUGUUGUGCUCACUUCAGGACAGGAGUCUGAUGCUCUUACAGUUUAUGGAUAUUAUGUCCAGAAUGUGUAUGAACACAGGUUAUUUUUUCAGCAGCAUGAAAAGGAUCUGCAACAUACUUGUGAAGCCAUGGUCAAACACUUACAAAAAUUCCAGAAUACAGCCUAUCUGUAUAAUUUAAAGCUGAGCUUGAGAAACAUACAAGAAGAGGUAUGUCGGACUAUUUUGCUGCUGAAGCACCUGUGGCCAGAAGGAGCCGACAUUAGAUGUAUUGUUUGUGUUCUUACAUGUAUAGUGGGAUUAAAAAUGUACAGUAACAUGUACUUAGUGAACCAUAUAUUGGUUAUGUCCCAAUAGGAGAAAAGUGAAUCAUUAACACUGGAAGAAGCCGCAGACCUGUGUAGAUUGCAGUGCCUCAGUGUGGUUUUUCUUCUCCACUUGCCUCUUUCACAACGAGCUCGGAUUAGGAUAAUCAAUUCCUGCUGGACUAAGCAAGUUUUACCAUUUAUAAUCAUGCAACAACAUUGUGACUAUUUUGUUCUGAAGCAACUAGAAGAUGAAAGUGACUGGAAAUUGGAUUUAACUCACCUGCCUGAUUUAAGGGACAAUUCACUGUUAAAGAAUCUUUCACAUUACUAUGAAAUAGAAUACUGCUCAGGGUUACAUUUUGAAUUGGGCAAGGCAAUUAAGUGUGAAUACCAGUAUCUGUGGAAUACGGUAACAAAAUUAGCUUCCAGCUGUGAUUUUGGAGAUGCUUUCCCAGUGAGAACUACUUCACAACUGUUUCUUGAACAGAAACAAAUGGUAUUUAAAGAAUCUAAGGAAGAAAUUCCCAGUAUAGGGCUCAUCCCAGUGAAAUCUGACCUUGUUGAAGAUUAUGCUGGAGCUGUUUUGGCAGAUUUACCUAUUUUAAGCAGCAAUAAUCCUGCAGUUACUUCACUUAUUAAACAAACAGAAUUUGAUGAACUUCGGCAUUGGCAUUCAGGCAAACCUCUCAGUGAUGAUUAUGACAGAACGAAGUGCAGCAAUGAUGCAAAGUCCAAAGGUCCAAAAGAAAGAAGAGGCAUACAAAAGUUACAGUCUUAUUAUCGACUUUAUGGAAGAUCGUUGGAAGGCAACAUUUCAAAGACAAUUGUAACCCAGGUGGAUGUGCCCUUGGUUCCCACAAGCACUAAGACUGCUGUCACAAAGACAAAAAAAUUACAUAAAAGUAAAGCAGAAAUAAUUGCAGAGGAAAACCAGAAGCGACUAGAAGCUAAAGAAGAGAAGAAAGAACAGGAACAGUGGAGUGCCUUAUCUGUGUCAAUUGAAAGGGAAAUUAAAGAGAAUUUUACCUGUGGAAUAAAUAAACUGGAGAAUUUCCUCAAGACAUGUCAAAGUAAUUCUGUGAAAUUCACAGCAGAAAUGGCAGGACUGAAUGUCUGUUUAGAAGUUUGGAAGGAACACUGCAGAAACCAAGGCAAAAAAUCAAGAGAUUUAAGCAUAGCUGUCCAAGUGAUGAGGAGAAUUCAUAUACUUCUUGAAAAACACCAGGAACUAUUAAAGAAGCCACAUGUACAAAAGUUGUCCAGAUGUCUGAAAUACCUUGGAUUUGAGAAUUUGGCAUGCUCUUUGUCUAGCCUGAUAAUAGAAAGUGACAAUGAGAAGAUAGCCAAAUAUACUACUGAGAUGGGAGCAGCUCGUUUUCAGCUACAAUAUAUGGGCUGUUACUUGUUCAGAGAAGAGAGGAAAGAUCCAGAUCCCAGAGUACAGCAUUUUAUACCAGAUACAUGGCAGCGAGAGCUUCUUGAUGUUGUAGACAAUAAUGAGUCUGCAGUGAUUGUUGCGCCUACUUCAUCAGGGAAAACCUAUGCAUCAUUUUAUUGCAUGGAGAAAGUUCUGAAAGAGAGCAAUGAAGGAGUAGUUGUAUAUGUUUCACCAACAAAGGCUCUUGUAAACCAAGUGAUGGGAACUAUAUACAAUCGGUUCACCAAGACUUUGCCUCAUGGAUUAGUAGUAGGUGGAACUUUCACAAGGGAUUAUCGCCAUGAUACCCUGAACUGUCAGAUACUUGUGACAGUGCCUCAGUGUUUAGAAAUCUUGUUGCUAUCCCCUCAUCGCCAGGAUUGGGUCAAAAGAAUAAGAUAUGUUAUAUUUGAUGAGGUACAUUGUCUUGGUGGGGAAAUUGGAGCAGAAGUUUGGGAGCACCUCCUGGUUAUGAUUCGAUGUCCCUUUCUGGCUCUCUCUGCAACUAUCAGUAAUCCUGAACACCUUACUGAGUGGCUACAGUCAGUAAAAAGAUACUGGCAACUUGCUGAAAGUACAAUAGAAGAAAGCCCUGGUUCUUCUACAACUGCCAGGAAAUGUACAAGGAAGCAAAAACUACAAAAAACAAAAAAAUCAUAUAGAGUUAGACUAGUAUUGCAUGGAGAGAGAUACAAUGAUCUGGAAAAGUAUGUGUGUUCUCUCAAGGAUAAUGAUUUUAUUAUUGAUCACUAUCACCCAUGUGCUGCAUUAACAGUCAGUCAUAUUGAGAACUAUGGCCUUCCUUUAGACAUUGCCUUCUCUCCACGAGAGAGUAUCCAGCUAUAUGACAUGAUGGCAAAAGUCUGGGAAGAGUGGCCAAGAUUACAGGAGUUAGAUCCUGAGGAAUUUACCUCUUUCAAGAAUAAAAUAGUAAUCACAAAGGCAGAUGCAAAAAAUUAUGAACAGGAGCUGAAGAAAGAACUAAUCAACUGGAUUAUACUUGGCCAAAGAGAGAAGGUGCAUCAGCUGCUGGAGUCCCUUAAACCUCACCCUGUUGAAUGUUCAGAAAAUGAAAAGCGGAUCAGAUUUGCACAUUUUGUUAAAAAACUACAAGACAUGGAUAAAUUGCCUGCCAUAUUUUUUAUGUUUAACAUUCAUUCAGUAGAAAGAACAGCCAUGGAUACAUUUUAUAAUUUGAUGAAAAAACAAAGGAGUGAACGAGAUCCAAAUAUUGAGAAAAAAAUAAAAAGUUUAACAGACAAACUAAGAAAAACAAAUAAAACUCUAGGGAAAUGUCUGGCUGCUAACCUAAAAAAGGAGUCUUCCACUAAACUUGAGAGAAUGAUCCUUAAUUUGAACAAAAAACAAGAUUUAAAGAAAAGACUUGAAAAGCUUACUAAGGUCCCUCCAGACAGUACUUAUGCUAAUUCUAAAGCUGUGGAUAAAGAAACCUUGAUGGAGAUCUUUCAUCGAAUUAGGUUUCAAAGAAAGAGUUUCCUGCUGAGAAUGUUGGCACAGAAGGGUAUUGGAUAUCAUCAUGCUUCAAUGUCAUACAAAGAAAGACAAGUCGUGGAGAUGCUUUUCAGGAUGGGAUAUAUCCGGGUGGUUACAGCUACUGGAUCACUUGCUUUGGGAAUCAAUAUGCCAUGUAAAUCUGUUGUCUUUACUGAAGAUUCUGUCUAUUUAGAUGCUCUGAAUUAUAGACAGAUGUCUGGACGUGCUGGAAGACGUGGACAAGAUAUGAUAGGAAGUGUGUUCUUCUAUGAUAUCCCACUGCCUAAGGUCGAAAAACUUAUAAAAUCCAAUGUACCCCAACUGAAAGGCCAGUUCCCUCUGAGUAUUUCCCUGGUACUGAGACUCAUGCUAUUGGCUGCAAAAGCAGAUGACAAAGCAGAUGCCAGAGCAAAGGUGCUGUCAGUGUUGAAGCACUCACUGCUGUCCUUCAAACAAAAACAGAAUUCUGAAAUGUUAAAAGUAUACUUUAUCUUUUCCUUGCAGUUUCUUGUCAAAGAGGGCUACUUGGAUCAAGAAGGUAACCCUAUGGGAUUUACUGGACUUGUGACCCAUUUACAUUAUCAUGAACCUUCAAAUUUUAUCCUAGUUAGCUUUCUUGUGAAAGGUUUAUUUCACAAACUGUGCCAGCCAGUUGAGAAUGGCUCGACUGUUUUUUCUGAAGAUGUGAUGGAAAAAUUAGUGCUAGUGCUAGCAAACUUAUUUGGAAGGAGAUAUCUACCAGCCUGUGCUACGAAAUUUAGAAGAACAUCUUGCCAGUCAAAGGUGUUUCUAGAAGAUCUCCCAGAAGAGUUUGCUGCUGCUGUUCAUGAAUACAACUGCAAAAUAAAGAAGAAUUUUGGUUGUUUUCUUCUAACAGUUGCCAAGCUGGCUGACAUGGAACAAGAAUACCAACUUCCUUUAUCAAGGAUAGAUUUUACACAUAAAGAAUGUGAUAACUCUGAACUGACAUCUCAUUUGAUGAAUAGCACCAAAAGCAUAGCUUCUGUGUCACCCUUCACAUGCCUGUCUGGAACCAUUGACCAGGAUUUAUUUGAUGCUGAGAAUGUUAAUGAAGCUGUCUUGCGUACAAUUGGUGUUAAUGUCAGAAAUGCUCCUCUGUGUUGGUUGGAGAAAUAUGAUAAUCAAGGAAGAAGAAUGCCACUGAAUGCUUAUGCCCUUGACUUUUUUAAACAUGGCUCCUUGAUUGCACUGACAACAGAUAAUUGGCUAAAUGAAGGAGAUGCUUACAAUCUACUCAAAGAUUUUUCACUUCUUAUUAAAGCAAUUGGAACAUCCUUAGGUGAACUUUGUGAUGAUCCAAAUGACAAUGUUGUACUUGCAUUUCAACAACUGAGUGAAAGCUACAGUGCAAAACUGUAGUCUGAGCAUCACAUACUCUGUAAAGUUUGAAGAAAUGACAGUAACACAGGGGUUGGCGACCUAUGGCACGCGUGCCAAAGGCUGCACGCGAGCGGAUAUUCAAUGGCACUCACACUGCCCGGGUCCUGACCACCAGUCUGGGGGGCUCUGCAUUUUAAUUUAAUUUUAAAUGAAGCUUCUUAAACAUUUAAAAAACCUUAUUUACUUUACAUACAACAAUAGUUUAGUAAUAUGUUAUAGACUUAUAGAAAGAGACCUUCUAAAAACGUUAAUGUAUUAUGGGCAUGCAAAACCUUAAAUUAGAGUGAAUAAAUGAAGAUUCGGCACACCACUUCUGAAAGGUUGCCGACCCCUGCAGUAACAUAUAGUCUUCUGGACAGAAGACCUGGACAAAAAAUAGUUUUAGCAGUUAAUUUAAGUUGAGUGAUUAGCCUCUACUCACUUUUUAUUCUCAAACACACUUGGAAUAAAAAUUACAAUAAAUCUUUUGGGCUAUAGUCAUUAAGGAAUUGGCCCAUUUUCUUUUAAUUAUAAAUACAAAUUAUUCAUUUUAAAGCUUGUACUAUACUUGAUGUUUAAUUUAAAACAGAUGUGUUAAGCUUAAGAUUGAACUGUUAGUGUUUUUGUAAC